CACGCAAGGGCGGGCCUAGCCGAGCCCUGCUGUUCCGGGGAAAGGGAUCCCGCCGGGUGCAGGCGGCUCAGCAGGCUCGUGGGAACCCGCCGUGCCCGUCUCUUCUCUCCGCGUCUGUCUCUUGCUCUCCACCGUGCGCGGUGCCAUGGCGCGCUUGGCAACCUGGCUUUCCUUCUUCUUGGCCGCCCUGCUGCAACUCGGGCCGUGCACAGCCGACACCCCGGCCAACUGCACGUUUGAAGACCUGGAGGGCACCUGGGUGUUCCAGGUGAGAAGCGGGCAGGGGCCCCCGACCCGGGAGAUCAAUUGUUCCGACGUGGGUCCUGUGGAGAAAAAAAUAACUGUACAUCUUCAGAAACUUGACGUAGCUGAGGACGAUCGUGGGAAUUACGGCUUUUUCACCAUAAUUUACAACCAGGGCUUCGAGGUUGUCUUGAAUAGCUACAAGUGGUUUGCAUUUUUUAAG